AUGUGCCCUCUUAUAAACUAUUUACAGCAUUCUUCUGCUUAUUUUUCUGUCUGGACAUUAACGUUGAUGGCAGCUGACAGAUUUCUUGCCGUUGUAUUUCCGGUAGAAUCUAUGACUCUCCGUACCCCAAAGAAUACCUUCUUUGUGCUCUUAAUUGUAUAUGCUGUUAUUUUAUUAUCUCAAAUUCAGGUCGGACGUAUCCAUGGCGUCUAUAGUUAUACAUUCAUAAUGGAACAACGUUCAGCUUGUUCUAUUGUGUCGAUUGCUCAAGGUUUAGCUACGGUAGCUGAAGUAAAUUUUGAAUAUUUUUUGAAUCUAAUUGAAAUUUUGAAGGCACGCCUUUACUUUUUUUCAUUUAAUAUUUUUGGAUAUUGUCUUCCUUUGGGUAUUACUUGUGUUCUUUACUAUUUAAUGCUUAAAAGAUUGUGGUAUGCUCCUUUUAGAUCGAGUAAUGACAAUAAUACAAAAAUACCUCCUACAAAGGUUGGUCUAAAAAUCUUCUAG